ACGUUGUGGUCACCCGGGGCCACAGCUAGCAGAGACGGUCACUUCGAAUCUGUGCACCAUCACAUUCAACCAUGCUGUCCAGAGCUGCUCGCCCGGCGCUGAGGGCCGGUGCUGCCGUUUCUUCCCGAGCGGCAGCUCCCACAGCCACCUUCGCGACGCUGCGUGAGAUUGAGGGCAAACUCAAGUCGAUUCGAAACAUCGAGAAGAUCACCAACACCAUGAAGAUCGUCGCCUCGACCAAGCUUACGCGGGCCCAGCGCGCCAUGGCCGACUCGCGCAAGUACGGCGAGACCAGCAACGAGGUGUUCGAGUCGGCCGAGACCAAGCCGCUCGAGGGCGAGGGCAAGAAGAAGUUGUUGGUGGUCUGCAGCUCCGACAAGGGUCUCUGCGGUGGUAUCCACUCCGGUCUGUCGCGCUACAUCCGCCGGAGGGCGCUCGAGAACUCCAACUUUGACCUUGUCGUUCUCGGCGAGAAAUGCAGGUCGCAGUUGCAGCGCACCAACGCCAAGGAUAUCGUGCUCAACUUCGCCGGUGUUGGCAAGGACGUCCCCACCUUCGCCGAGGCCCAGGCUAUCGCCGACCAGAUUGUCAUGCUCCCGGGCGACUACUCCGACAUUGAGAUUAUUUACAACAAGUUCAUCAAUGCUACGAGCUACGAGCCCACCUCCGUCGCGGCAUUUAGCGAAGAGGCCAUUGCUUCGUCUCCCAACUUCGCCGCCUUUGAGGUCGAUGAGGAGCUUCUCUCCAACCUCCGCGAGUACGCCCUGGCCAACUCUCUUUUCUGGGCUCUGUCGGAAGGCCACGCCUGCGAGGUCUCUGCCCGCCGCAACGCCAUGGAUAACGCCUCCAAGAACGCCGGCGAGAUGAUCAGCAAGUACCAGAUUCUCUUCAACCGCACCCGCCAGGCCGUCAUUACCGGCGAACUGGUCGAAAUCAUCACUGGUGCCACCGCUUCGGCGGACAUGUAAUUGGGUCGAAGUUCGUGAUUCCCAAGACCGGAGUGGGAAAGAGAGGAGCGAGCAGCGAGGAGUUUUUCGUCUUUUCAUCUCACCUCACCUCCGUGAAAGGGACCGCAGUGGAGAGGAGGAGGGAGAAAACCGGUUUUCCCUUUGUAUAUCAAGUCGCAGAAACGUUCGCCCUGCAUCCGGCCCUCCGUGUACCAUCGCCUUCCGAAUACACAAGUUUCUUCCUGAUAGACAUUUAAAAUGGGACCUUGGAGUGGCUGUUCGAAUGGCUGCCAGCCAAAUAAACCCAGAGCCCCUCCUGAUCUAUAGCUCAGGUUGCGCUUUGAAUCCAUACCCGUCAGCGCAACACUUCAUCUAUACGAUGUUGGGACAAAAAGGAUACUGUUGGCAGGUUGUUAAACUAUGUCGUUAUUGCCCCGACACCGAGAAUAAAAUCUGCACGUUC